AUGAGCAGCUCGAGGUCGAGGAGGCAGGAGAUUCCUGUGGAGAGCUCAUGGCGUAUGGUCGAGGGUGAAAACGACAGCUUCGAUGCUUCCAUUGUCGCCGAUGAGUACCUUGACGAUGAUACUCCCUUGUCGACCGGGCCAUCUCAGUUAUCAAAUCUGUCACAGCUCUCAUCGCAGUCCCGGGGAAACUGGCACAUAGGGAGUUCUCAGGACGACAGCACCAUUCAGGACUUUAUCAGCAAAGCCGACGACGAACGUGUUAUUAUGAGGUCUCCGUUUCAGCCGUCAGUGCCCGUCGCAGCUAGGAGAUCCCCAAGGAACCAGAACCAAAGCCACUCGCCAGAUCCAGAGUUCUACAUGCCAAGAGUCGACGUGGACAGCCCGCGCCGCGGAUCAUCAAAUGGCUCGUCUCGGACUCUGGUGCCGGCCAACGCACAAUCUGUACGGCAGCGUGCGGUGGCAAGGCCGGCUCGUGGGAGUCCCACGAAACGGCGGCAACAACAAUAUGCGCCUCAAGAGCAACCCCCAACUGUCAGCCAGCGCAUGUCUGCGGAUCUUCCUCACGCCCUUUACAACAUCCUCGCCUGGGCUUUCGGUGUGAUCGGUAUGGCCUUCCGGUAUGCGCAGAAACCGCUUGCUGUCGCACUCGCCAUCUACUUCACUUUCGGAGGACUCAUAAUCGCCCAGAACAUGCUCACUCAGUCAAUAUACACCUCGCUAUCGCCAAUAUGUCGCAUACCUGGGGCUUCUUACCUGGACCUACCUUUUUGCCCGCAUGGGCCCAACAUACCGCACACAGGGGAUAAGGCACCCGUGGAGUUUGACGGUCUGAUGGACGUCCAAGAACGCUUUGAGGAGGUUCUGGAGAAGAGCGCAAACGGUGUCUCUUUGCCAAUGGAAAUGAAGCGCUCCGAAGCUUCGAUCCGAGAUUUGCGCACCUUGGUCCGCUACAGCUCACUCCAGGGCAAAGAUGAGCUAGUCCUCGAGUUCGACGGCUUCAUUGACACGGCCCGGUCGGCGUCAAACGAGCUACAGAAAUUCAACUCUCACGUGGGCUCCGCAGUAGACUCCGUGAUUAGUAUUAACCGGUGGACGAGUCGCUACCUCGAUGGCCUGGUCGCAGACCAAGAAGGCCAAGGUCUGCUGAGCGACUUUACUGCCUGGGUGUUCUCGCCCUUCCAGCCGGCAACCUUCUCCGAGCGGAACCUACUCGACAAGUAUGUCGAGCACACGGCUUUGGUGGGCGACAAGAUCGCCGAUCUGAUCAUCGAGGCACAGGCGGUUUUGAAGACCCUGAACCAGGCGGAGAAUCACCUGGGGAUCAUUUACGACUUCGUCACGCGCACGCAGGAGACGGUCCAGUCCCGCAAGGAUGACGUCCUCUGGACCAUCUGGACGCUGGUCGGGGCCAAUUACCGCCGGAUCUCCAAGCUCAACUCGCAGCUCUCCCUCCUGCGCCGCGUGGACUCGCAGAGGAGCGACGCCGUCAAGCAGGUGUCGGAGCUGAUCGUGGAGCUGGAGAAGAUCCAGGCCGGGCUGGACGACCUGCGCGAUAGGGUCGCGGAGCCCGAGGUGGCGGCAGCUUCGCCCAAGGGGCCGAUGCCCCUCAGUGUGCACAUCGAGACGAUCGACCGCGGCGUCGAGAGGCUCGAGCACGCGAGGAGCCGGAUCAGGGCGAUUGAGAAUGACCGAAUCCACGAGGUGCUGGCCAGGGGGAAGAUCGAGGAACGCCUGAUAGAAUCGACAUGA